ACAAUGUGUUUUUAAUGUUCUGCUACCACUUUCCACUUUUUUUUCAACCGGGAAGUAGCUUGCAAGCAGGUUGAGGCCUGAAUAGACUGGAGUUAUGGUGUACAUAAUAUCAAGCCAAAAACUAUUUCAACAUCUUCAAAAGAAUAUCACAGGAGAUAUUCAAAUCAGUGGCAUCAGAAUGAAGCGGACACAGCCACAAAGUGGGGAUGAGUCACAUGAUGACAUUAGAGGGCGUAAACAAAAAGUACUUGAACUGGAUCUUUGGGGUGAUUUCGGGACAGGGAAGGGCGUCAGUAACCACGCUACUACCUCCAAUUAAUAACUGCGCGUACUCACACUUGUACCACCCAAUACAAAACAAACUUGUCUUGUGAACCUGUCCUCAUACAGUAUCACAGAAGACGACAACUGCAUUUUGAUCAGCACAACUGGGUUGUUUUUUCCAGUUUCAAGGUCUUAGAAGUUACCACAAUCCAAAGUGGAUAUCAUUUAUUUUUGACUGAAGAAGCCAGGACUUUGGACCUACGUGUGAAAACCAGCCAUUCAGUCAAGUUCCACCAACUAAACAUGAAGAUCCUUAACAAAAACAAACUGGAGAUUGCAGAAGGAGUUCUGUUCAAACAUCUACCUCAGAGUUAUAGGGUCUAUGGAUACCUUUAUAAUAUAAACAGGAACAAACCAACUACACAGGAGGUAGUUGUUGAUUCAUGGCCCAAGUUUAAAGUCAUCAUUUGCCGACCUGACCCUAAGAUCAAAGGUGUCCUGGAGUCCAGGAAAAGGGUGGCAUGCUACAGCACUGAGGAGCAGGCUUUAAGAAAAAUGCUGAUGGACGAUAAUGUAAUAGACUGGAGUUUGGAUUUCAUGACAGGAGGAUUUGACUUGUCCCAAAUACCCAUACUUAAAGAAGUGUCUUCUGUGAGAGAUGUUAAGUUUAGAUACAAGUCUGUGGGUCGCCUUGUGUAUUUGGCAGACAGCAGCCAUCUUCUCACACCAACAGUUGAUAAUGAUCUUGAAUCAAGGAUUUCCUCCCUUGACAUUUCCCAUGUUGACUUGGUGAAUAAAACAUGGAAGUUUGGAGGGAAUGAGCAGAGUUACAACACCGUUAAACAUUUCAUUAGCAAUUAUCCGUCGUACUGCAUCACUGACGGACAAGAUCAGCCGGUGUCCUGGAUUCUGUUGUACGAGUACUGUGCCAUGGGCCUGUUGUACACUGUGCCAGAGCACAGAGGGAAAGGGUAUGCCAAAGUUCUUGUCAGCACUAUGGCAAAAAGACUCCGUGCUGAGGGCCACCCAGUCUUCUGCUUUAUCGAGGAAGACAACAUCAUUUCCUACAGGCUCUUUAAAAACCUUGGCUUCACUGAGGAUCCCUCAUACAGGGCAGGGUGGAUUCAUUUCAAUUACAACUGAUUUUGUAACUAUUUUAAUGAUUUUAAAGAUAUUGUAAGGCAAUUGUAAUCUUGAUCAUAAGGUAUAUCACCUGGGGACUGUGGCACGUGUGUAGUUAUAUAAUCCAUGCUUGGGAUUUUGACUUGAGUUUUAGUAUUGGGCACCUCCAUCUUCUCCUGGAUCCUCGUGUAGCACCUCACCAUAAUAAUUUAUCUUUUGUAGCACAGAAAAGGGGCGAGAUAAGUGUUGACAUCCUACAGCAUGGUAAGCAUAGUUAUACUGUAUUUUUCCUUUGGGUUCAGAGCCUUCUUUGAUAUGUACUUACAGAACUCUCUUCAACAUCUCAUUUCUUUUGCGAGAAGGCACUUGACACGUGACUGGAACUGUAAUGACAAGAUGAAUUCAUAAUGCAAAUAUUGUGCCCAUUUAACAGAUUUCAAGACUGUCCAGGCUGUUCUGGUGCUUGUUGUAACUUACAUUGAAUUUGUAAAUUGUAAUACUGAUGAUUUUAAUUAAUAAUAUUACAGUACAGUAAUUCAAAUGUUCUACCUGGCUUGAUGGCUGUUCAUUUGAAUUAAAAAUCCCUCUUGAUUCACCAA